UUCUGCGCCUUGGUGACGGCUUUCUUGGAACCCUUCUUGGGUGCCGGAGCGGAUUUGGACGGAUCUGGCAUGAUGGCGUAUGUCUCCGAACAAACACAAGGGGCCCCCGGAGCAACUCUAUUUGUACGUCUUGUAUUCAAAUGAAGGAUUGGAAUUUGCUCACUUCUGAUUGGAUAAAAUGUCGUUCUACGUCAUCGCUGGGCAAGGCAUACGCAAAUAAGGAGAAGCCGGGCUCCUUUUCCGAUCGGCUACCGUCGCUAACCAAUCGAACGCCGCCAUCCAGCCGACCUCUGGACCAUAUAUAAGGGCUCGCUGCGCCCCGCCGCCUCGUCAUUUUCGGUACCGCUUUUCGAUUUUUGCAGCCUUGUGUGUUAGUUUCGGAGAUGUCUGGCCGCGGCAAACAGGGCGGCAAGGCGCGCGCUAAGGCCAAGUCGCGCUCGUCGCGAGCGGGGCUGCAGUUUCCCGUGGGCCGUGUGCAUCGGCUGCUCCGCAAGGGCAACUACUCCGAGCGCGUGGGCGCCGGCGCGCCGGUCUACCUGGCCGCGGUGCUCGAGUACCUGACUGCUGAGAUCCUAGAGCUGGCGGGCAACGCGGCGCGCGACAACAAGAAAACGAGAAUCAUACCGCGCCACCUACAGCUGGCCAUCCGCAACGAUGAGGAGCUGAACAAGCUGUUGGGCCGCGUAACCAUCGCGCAGGGCGGCGUCCUGCCCAACAUCCAGGCCGUGCUGCUGCCCAAGAAGACCGAGAGCCACCACAAAGCCAAGGGCAAGUGAGGCCGCUGCCUCCGGCGCCCUUUUACGGACACCAAAGGCUCUUUUCAGAGCCACCCAUCUUCUCGAGAAAAGAGCCACACUGAAUCUGCAUCCCCUUAUAGGCCUGUGGCCUAGUCGUUUUGGGCGCCUUAGUGAGCGCUUCAGCGCUAGGCUAGGGCGCAGUCAGGAGCUGAGACCCGGGGCUGGUUGGGCCACGCAUCCUCGCCAGGUAGGCAACGUGUGCCUUUUGCUGCAGGGAACGCUUGCCCAUUGCCCACAGGUGGCCACCCUUGCUUUUGAAUCUCACCCCAAAACCUCUCGGGAUUUUAAUCCCAUCCACGCUAAAGAUACCCACAUGAUUGCUAGUGAUACGGUAUUGUUGACUCUGGAAAGGUUCGCAAUUUGGACAAGUCCAGGAUGGGUUUUCUAAUCCCAGGGACAAUCGGGUUUAUUCAUCUGGUAUUAAGAGUAUUUGUAAUAUUUUACGAAUUUGCCAUUUGCGAUUCUAAUGAGUAAAUCUUGGGAAUUCCAUU